CGCGGCCAAUCGGCGCCGCCGCCCGCGGACUACAUUUCCCGGCGUGCCCCGCGGGGCCGGCGCGCUGCGGGCUCGGCGCGAUGGCGGCGCCGGUGCAGGGGCACCGAGCGCGGUACAAGAGCCCCGGCGGGCCGCCCUGGAGGGAGACGUACCGCAGGCGCUGCAUGGAGCGGCUGAGGAGCAGCCGGGCCAAGCUGCUGGACCGCUACCGCCAGGCCGGGGACGGGGCGUGCGGGGCGGCGCCGGGCGCGCUGCUGGUGCAGGAGGUGAUGGAGCAGGAGUGGCAGGAGCUGCGGGACAGGCUGCCCGGCCUCGGCGGAGAGCAGCCCAUGGAGCAGAUGUUGGAGGACCCUGAUGAGCUGGCAGUGCUGGAAGAGAUCCAACAAGAACUGAUCUUGCAAGAGCAGUUGGUCAUCGAGGAGUACGAGCGGAGCCUGCGCUUCGAUGAGGAGUGUCUCAACGCCAUGCUGGACGGCCUGGAUGCCACUGACAGGGUCAUCUGCCCAGUAUGUAGGAAGAAUAACCUGUCUGUGAAGGCUCACUUGGUUUGUUGCCAGUGUGGAUUGUACAUCAGCACACAGGAUAUGACAGAAGGGAAGCUUCGGUCACUUCUGGAAAGCUCCUUGACAGAGCACAGCCAGAGGUGCCUGCACAGCCCUGAGUUCACAGUCACCAGUGGCAUGGAGGAGGAAGCCAGUCUGCUGAUGAGCUGCCCAGUCUGUGACUCCUGGAUGAUUCUCCUCUAAGGUGAUUCAGCUGCUGCUUUCCUUCUGGAAGACUUCAAUACUAAACCCCACCCAGAGCUGCUAGGACACUUGUGUACAUAUUUCUAACUGCUGUGUCAAAAAGACACUCCAAAAGGCAGUAGUAUUGCCUUGACCUGCACUUUUAACCACACAGGGCAUGUUUUGAAAUAAAUAUAUUUAGUUUA